AUGUCAUCUACAUUCACCAGACAGAGGUCUUCAUCAAUGAACUCACUCAAUUCCAAUCAUUCAUCAUACUCAACUCCACAACCACAACCACAACCACCGCAACCUAUCAGUCUGUUACUGCCCCAAUCAAACACGUUACCACACAUUGUAUUACCGUCAUUGACCACCCAGCAACAACAACAACAACCCCACCACACACUAGUGUCGAGACAGAACGCCUCACCUGGUUUAGUGUCAUCAUCAUCGACAACAAACAACAACAACAACAACAACAAAGCGUUUGAACCACCGCCACCUCCACCAGCACCAUCACCAUCACAUGCCACACAGCAGUCAUUACCAAUCAAUCCACAUGCAAAUUCGAUUUCGCCCACUUCUACAUCUGGUAAUGCAGCAACUACAGCAGCAGCAGCAGUAGCAGCAACCACAACAGCAGGCGCAGCAACUGGCAACAAAAGCGGUGUAAUUUCAACACCAACACUAUCUUCAGCAAACAUCAAUACUAUACAAAAUGUCGUACCAACACCAAGUUCGACCAGGAGUAUGUCAAUAGUGAGUCUAGAAAGAAGUGCUCGUAACUCAAUUGUGUCAGUUGAUGAAAAUCUUCGAUACCAUGCACGUAAUGAUAGUUCCGCAAGUUUGGCAUCACUUGGUCAUGUGAGUCAUAAUACAUUGACCAUGACACCUGUCGGGAACUCCUUCAAUGGGCAAAACAAUAGACCUGAUUACAACUUUGAUCACAGUGGUUGUGACUCAAGAGUGAGAUCUUCAAAUGGGGGUAGUUCAGAAGGUAUCAAUCAGGGUUCAGCCGUAAUGACAGAUGAUGAGUCUGAAUAUGACACAAACAUGACCACCAGUAGUGGAGUCCCUCAAUCUAGUGAUACCUUACGAACCAUUCCAACAACACCCAUUCUUGGAGCUACAUCGGGCAGCAUGGCUUCCACACUAACAUCAAGAAGUAUGGCAAAAACUAUGCAUCGACCAAAGAGACGCAGUUUUAAAGAUGAAGUUUCACUCCAGCACUUGAAAAACGAUUUCAGGUUCAAGUUCCAUGACAUCUAUACAACUCCAACCACGAUACCAACAUCCCCCGUGUCUUAUCAUCAUACAAACUCACAUAUCUGUAGCUUAAACGCAAGUCCAACCUCGGAAAGUUUACAUCAUGGAGUUAAACAUCAUCACAAUGACUCAACAUUGGAGGAUAAUGUGCUUGCCAGCCCCAAGUUGAAUCACGAUACCGCUGGGAAACAAAUAGAAAAUCCCGAAAUGAACACUACUCCUAUUUCGUCAUCUACAACUCUGUUCACCCCACCAGUGGCACCAACCAAGAAGUUGAAAUCCACGAGUUUAAUCCAACAAUCACUUUACUUAAAACGGAAACUAGCAUUCUCGAAAGAUUUACAAAUGGAGUUCAACAAUGCCUACGAUUUAUCCAACAGUAACUCCACGGAUAUGGGAUCGCCCAAUAGUGCAUUGCAUUCACAUUUGAUUACAAUGUCGCCACCUUUAAGUACGGCUUUAUCUGAGGCUAAAUUUUUCACCAAUAUUCCUUCGACAUCGACCGUGGUGCCAAGAAGGAGAUUGUCGUCGUCGCUCAAUGACACAGAGAGCACAAGAAAACCCACCAGCGCGGGCGCUAGUGGCGUUACGCAUGGAGACUCUGACGGAGCAAGGACUGCAAAUGCUGAUUUCAACCCGACUUCAACUGCUGAUUUCAACCCGACUUCAACUGCUAGUAAUCAUAUAAAACUGGAUUUCAAAGUGCCUACACACGAGCACGAUACAUCAAGUGCAAAUAUUCCACCAUUGACUCCAUUGAGAGCCAUGCAAUCAGUCAAGGAACAAAAUGAUUUGAUUACAAAAUUGAACAAAAAGUGGAACAGGGCCAUGAUUAACAAUAGCAGCAACAAUAUGGAAGGCGGCAACACCGACAAGGGUGACAUCAACAUUAAAGACGAAGGUAAAGACGCCGUCGCAAGUACCGAUGGAAUUUCAUAUAAAGAGGAAAAAUCCAAGUUGGAUGAUGCAAAUGGUUUGCAAAUGAUGCCAAAUAAAAGAAAACGCUCCAGACGUGACUCAUUUGAUGUUGAUGACGAACACAGUUUUGACGAUUUCAAUUACGACCAUUAUGAUGGAUGA